UCUUUCGUUUACAGCGCACCGAUGUAGAAGUGACCAACGCUUGCCGCCUUUUCACGCAUUUCGUUUCAAAUAAAGUUCGUAGCACAAGUUUUAUUUUCUGUAGUGUUUGAGUAGUACAUAGCUUUCAAUUGGGCGCAAUCCAAAGAAGUUUGGUAUGUUAAAAAUUUGCAUUUCUACUGAUUUUCAUGUGUCUACAGUGGGUCAAACCGCAAUAAAAUAUCUACAUAAGUGAAAAAAUUAAAAGUUUAUUUAAAUUAAUUUUAAAUAUUCGAACAGCAGAGUGACAUAGUUUAAUCUACGAUAAGUAAUUCAUAUAUACGAUCGGCUAUUGGAUAUUUUUUGUAUUUCCAUCUGUAUUAACAACACUGGCGAAAGAUGAACUUCUUUGUGAUUGGAUUUCUAAUAAUGCAGGCGGCAAGAUUGGCUUGCGGGACAUGCGUUUUUGAAUCUGAAUUUGGUUUCAUACUCAAUUGUAACUUCAAAAAGUCUGGACUAUUUCGUGUAAGGAAUUUGGGCGGCCUUAAAGCACAUUUUGGUUUAGGUUUCAGUUUAGGCGAUGAACUGGGCUUCGCUGAAUCCCUCGGCAAUGUUGAGGGUGAACCGGAGCGACGACGCGCUAUUAGCUAUAAAAAUGGACCACCUCCAAGCGCUGUAGGCGUAAUACCAGCCACACAGCAGCCGCCAGUACAGCAUCCCAUACCCGAUAAACGCAUUGGAGCACGUGCCUCUCCCAACUACAAUGCCGCUUACAGAGAUAAUCUCAAACGUCAGAUAGCACCCACACAACUAAUGACAGAGGCGAGACCUUUACCAUUAGGUGUGCCAGCAUUCCGACCUAUACCGAAGACAGCUACUGUGCCCGUUGCGCAAAUAGCACAAAGACGUACGAAUAUCGCAGUGGACUCGCCCAAUCCGCGAGUUCGUCACAACAAUAAAUUGGUAGAGAGUUACUCCGAUCCAAUGAUGGCCAAUCGUACCUUCCACGUCGCGAACCCAUCAAUCUCGCAACCGCUUGCUGUGCCCGCUUUCCAGGCCAUGCCUAACUCGGUCGCACAUCUCACUGCGGUUACAAGGUCCAUCACGAACGCCGAGGAUCGGAUUAUGCAUGCACAUCCCAAUUAUUUGCAAUUCGAGGAACCAAAGUUCGAUUUAAAAGAUGUGACUGUGGAGGAACUAGCUUCGGCGGCUAAUGUCACCGUGGACACAAUUAAACAUGCAAUUUAUGUGCGCGAACAACAAAUGAAGGCCGAACAUCGGGCUAUGUUGGCGGCUAAGCUGCGUCAAGAAUUCGUACGUACCUCGACGACUGCACGUACGACGACGACAACAACAACGCCCGCACCGUUACCAGUAGCUGCAGUUAAAGCACCGGCGAUGAUGAAUUGGGCACAGCCGCAGAACGAACUUGAUAAUCAGGAUGUCAAAGAGAAUGUGGCUUUCGAGAGUAAGAUGUCAAAGGUUAUGAAUGCACCACGCGAAUACUAUCCAGUUGGUUAUGACAAGAACUUUGACGAUAAUUUCAAAUCAAAAGUUGAUCUACCACCCACAAGUUUCUCAUGUGGCAAGCAGAAACACUUCCCAGGACUAUAUGCCGACACGGAUCUUGGUUGCAUGGUUUUUCAUGUUUGCGCGCUGACCGAUGAUGGACUCGUACGCAAAUCAUUCCUCUGUCCAGAAAGCACACUCUUCGAUCAAACAAUCUUGAAAUGCAACUGGUGGUUCUAUGUGGAUUGCAGCGCCAGCAAAAGUGUCUACGACUCUAAUAUACCCAUCUCUAAAAGUUAUCAGCUUAUGAAAUCUCUCACUUACUUCUCCAAAUACAGCAAAAAUGCUGACAAUGAAGACAGCGAUGGUGGUUUAAACAUACAAACGCUCAAAGACUCCAUGGCUGAGGAGGAGAAUAGUAGAGCGCGCCGAGUGGACAUUGAUGAUAUAGAGGUGUCAGACAAAGCGCGCAGCUUUGCUUUACAAACUGAAGCUACAACCACUGCAGCUGCAGAGAAAGCGCAAGACGAUGUUAUAGGGCCAACUUUGGAGACACGAAGAGUGCAGUUAAACAAUGAAAUAACGUCGACGGCGAGUGAUUUUGUGGACAGCACAACCGCAGUAGAUAUAAUCACGCCGCAACCAGUAUACGAUCGUCUGGCUGAGCUGAAGGCCAAGUUGGACAGCAUCAGAGCAGCAAAUAGUCAGAUCACAACACAUCAAACGAACGAAGCUUGAGCUAGGGGGUUGAGCGUAGGGUAGCGCCAAGCAGGGAUUUAAAUUAAGUUUGCGGAAGUGUGUUUCGAAUGUUAGCCCGAGCGAGUUGAUGGUGGAACGUCACCUUAUAGCUUGAAUGUCAGCAAUUCAUUAUUUGAUGUCGAAUUAUAUGAAGCCACCAAGUGCUGAUUUUCUUAACACCGUUAGUAUAUAUUUAAGUAAAUUGUCAUUCCUAAAUAGUCAUUGUGCGCAUUCGAGAAAUUGAGAAAAAUACAAAUAAACAAAACUAAAUCGGGGGUAUAGUGGUUGCGCCAGCUUAGUACUUAAGUUAUCUGCAUAGUCUAAUCUGUAAUUUAAGGCUCUCUACUUCAUUUUAAAAACUGAGAAAAAAAUCUGCAUGAGUUGGAGAUUCCUGAAUAUAUAAAUGUACAAUUACAUAUAAUGUAACUUAUUUAUUAUUUUUGUUUUUUAAUAAAAAUAUAUACUAUA